UGAAACUGAAAAAUUCUUAGGAAGCUCAUCAGAUUACAGAAAUGGGGUGGAGUGUCACUCUUCUGCUGAUCUCAGGGUUCUCCAUACUUCAUACAAACUUCAGUGCUGAGAUUUAUUUUGUGAACAUGAAUAAGAGCUGGAAUGAAGCACAGAGUUACUGCAGAGAGAAGUACACUGACCUGGUUACCAUUGACAACCCAGAGGAAAUGAACAGAGUGAUUAACAGGGUAAACCUCACUGGUUAUACUGGACCAGCCUGGAUAGGACUGGAGAAGGGAAACUCGUGGAACUGGCAGUGGUCCCUGGAAGAGAGACUUCUCUACAGUGAUGGACAGACUGGGUUCUCAAACUGGGACAGUGGUCAACCUAACAAUUAUCAGGGAAAAGAACAUUGUGUACAAAUGUGUUCAUCAGGAAAAUGGAAAGAUAUUUCCUGUGAGAACACAUUUUCAUUUGUUUGCUAUAAUGUUCCGCUCAUCCUGGUCCAAGAGAAUAAGACCUGGAAUGAAGCUCUGAACUACUGCAGACAGAAAUAUGUGGACCUGGUAUCUGUCCAUGAUGAUAAGAUGCAGCAGUGGGUGGCGAGGAUGGCUGAAAAUGCUACCAGUGAUCAUGUGUGGUUGGGUCUGCGCUUCUCUUGCUUCCUUAACUUCUGGUUCUGGGUCAGUGGACACACUGUCUGCUAUGACAACUGGGCCCCAGGUAAUGGGACUGGACACUGUGGGAACACUGCGGCUGUCCAGUCUGGAGGAGGACAUCAGUGGGUCAGUCUGCCUGAGACUCAGGAGCUCAACUUCAUCUGUGUCGCAUGUCUAAGAAUCAGAUCAGACCAACAUGGAAAUAUAACUGAAUUUUAUUUUAAUAAUUCCAGGUGCUCAGGUUUCAUCCCACAGUGAAUU